AUGCCGGUGCGGAAGAAACAGCGUCGUGAAAUUGUUGUCACGGGCGCAGAGGCUGUGGAUGAGGUGGCUGGGAAGGACGAGAAUGUUAUGGUGCGCCUCGUGAACGAAAACGGUGAGCUGACUGGGACGCAAAUUCUUCUCCCUGUAACAGCAACACCAAAGCAACUGGAUGAGCUCUUGUGUUCCAUGCUGGACGAGGAUGCGCGCGGGACGCCGCAUGCGUUCUUUAUCGAUGGGGAACAGGUGCAUGACAGUGUGCGCCAGACACUGUUUAAGAUGCAACAGGAAGUCUUUGUUGACAAAAUGAUGAAAGAAGGAAGACGCUUCAGGCAAAAGGACGUAAGUAAAGUAGAAUUUGAGCUUCCAGAGGAGACAAUUGUAGAUAUUCAAUUUAAACCACAGGCAAAAUUUAGGGUAAGACCCGUGACACGUUGUGCAGGAGCACUCGACGGUCAUAGCGAGGCGGUACUUGUGGUCAGUUUUUCUCCUGACGGUGAAGUGCUAGCAAGUGGUGGAGGCGAUAAGGAGAUACGACUCUGGGACGUCCAUACACUAACCCCUACGCAGGAACUUAAAGCCCACACCAGUUGGGUGCAGGUAUUGUCGUGGGCCCCUGAUGGGAAACAUCUUAUAGGCGGAAGCAAAGAUGGUACCCUUAUUGUUUGGUCUCACGAUGGUGCGUAUGGAAACUUUAAAGGAAAGCGACAUACGGCCCAUUCAGGCUAUUUAUCGCAUGUUUCAUGGGAGCCGCUGCAUCGGAACAUCGAUUGUAAUCGAUUUGUUUCAGCUAGUAAAGACGCAACCCUCAAGGUUUGGCAUACUGCAAUUGGACUUCAAUUUUCUCUUACAGGGCAUCAGGCCUGUGUCACAUGCGUGAAGUGGGGAGGUGAAAAUUUUAUCUAUUCAUCUUCUCAGGAUCGAACUGUCAUUGUAUGGGAUGCUUCAAACGGAACCCCGCUUAAUAUUCUUCGAGGGCAUGCUCAUUGGGUAAACUUCGUCGCCCUUAGCACAGAUCUCGUGAUCCGGACAGGUGCUUUUGAUCAUGAAGAAAAGAAGUUUGAUUCUCGUGCAGGGAUGCAAAAGUAUGCGGAGCAGAGGUAUCAAGAGGUGGUGGCGCGAUUUGGAAAUCAUGAGCGUCUCGUUAGCUGUUCAGAUGACAACACCAUGUUUCUGUGGGCGCCACAGGAACAGACGACUCCACUGGGACGGUUGACAGGUCACCAAGGAGCCGUGUUUCACAUCCAGUUUAGCCCUGAUGGAACUAUGAUUGCUUCCUGCUCCGCGGAUAAAAGUGUCAAGUUGUGGAACGCCGCUGAUGGAAAGUUUAUUACGACGUUUAGAGGACACGUGGCACCUGUUUAUCACGUGAGCUGGAGUCUGGACUCUCGUCUACUGGUCUCUGGUAGCCGUGACUCCACCUUAAAGCUCUGGUCGGUCGAAACACGUGAAUUGCUGGAGGAUCUUUCAGGCCACAGCGACGAGAUCUUCUCAACCGAUUGGAGUCCGGAUGGCCAGCGGGUUGCAACGGGCUCAAAGGACAAAAGAGUUCUCAUUUGGGUUAAUUAA